UAUGGAGGUUACGUAGGGAAUGCAAAACUUCAGAAAGCUGGCUCAUAAAUUUAACUGGUAACAUAUUGUCAAAGGCUUACUAGUGAGGGAUUGUGAUCUGCUGAAUUUGGAUGUGAUAUUUAGGAGCAUCAAUUCGAGAAAUUUCAUGACUCUGGGAACAUGAAACAUGAUGAGCAGGAUAGAGGAGUAUAACAGAGAAUUGGAGGCUCUUCGUGUAAAGGAGAAAGUGGAGAACAUGAUUCAUAAUGAAGACUAUGCUGGUGCAAGGGAUACUUUGCAAAGAGCCCGUAAUCUUUUUCCGCUUGGUGAAAUUGUUCCUAAGCAGACUGUAUGUGAAAUCCUAUCAGCUGCCAAUAUCAACUUUCCAGGUUGUGAGAUUGACUACUACUGGGUCCUUCAACUUGUGCCAUCAGCCAAGACAUUUGACAUAAAGCAUCAGUAUCAGAAACUUAGAAACAUGCUGCAACCUUUGAAGCAUAACUUCCCAGGUACAGAUGUGGCUCUUAAACUCAUAGAGGAUGCUUUCUUUGUGCUUUCUGACAAUCAAAAGCGUUCUGAAUUCAAUUUGCAACGUAGCACUGCCUGGGAAAAUUAUGAAUCACCUCCUCUAGAAGCAACAAUUUCCUCUGAAUUGUCUGAAAUGAAGGGAGGAAUGUCUGCUCUAGCCUCUGGUGAUUGUCAAAAUGUAUCUUUAGAAAACCUGGGGACAAGGAGUCAGGAUUGUUUGACAACGGGCAUGCAUCUAAUGAGAAAUGGAGGAGCUUGGUCAAAUUCUACCAGUAAUACUUCCGAAGGAGAUAUGGCAGAAGUUAUGCUUGACGUGAACACUCUAUCAGAACAGAACCAUGCUGUUUCAAGGGAUCAUCCAUCCUCUUCCAGAAAUAUGGCCCAUGAAGUGCUUUAUCAGGAUAUCUACAACUUCGAUGAUGACAGAGAAGUAGAUAAUAUGGCAAUAGGCCAAAUAUGGGCGACACACCAUCAAUCAAAUGAACAUCAAAAUCGCCGAUAUGCUCAAAUUAUCGCCAGGUCUAUGUCUACAGUUACUGUGAUGUGGCUGAAACCAAUUCCAGUUACUAAUGCAGAGAGAAGAUGGUGUGAGGCCGGGCUACCUGUUGGAUGUGGAUAUUUUCGACUGGACUUGGAGUCGGGGGAACAUGUAAUUGCACCUUUGCAGUUCUCCUACAAAUGCUCUCUGACUACUGAAGUGGCAGCACAACAGUUUGACAUGUAUCCACAGAAAGGUGAGGUUUGGGCGGUUUAUGAGGAUUGGAACCUCGAAGAAUGGUCCUACAAUCCUGAAGUUACAAAUAGUUGCAACUAUAGAUUGGUUGAAAUUCUCUCAGAUUUUUCAACAUAUACUGGAUUUGACUGCACGUAUUUGGUGAAGGUUCCAGGUUUCAGGAGCAUUUUUCAGAGGGAAACAGGAGGAGGCUUUUCCAUCACUAUUCGCGUCCUUCCACGCAUGUUAUACGCCCUAUCCCACAAGGUUCUGGCAUAUAGGUUAACUGGAGAAGAGAUUGAUGGAGUAGUCAGUGGGAUGUUGGAGGUUGACCAGUUAGCAUUGCCAAAUGAUAUGAGAGGAAAACCAGACGAGGCAGAUAUGUGGAAGAUGGAGGAGUCAGGUGGUAAAGCAGAUGAUGCAAUAAUGUCGGAGAGAAAAAGCCCAAAUCUUUCUAGUUUGACAGGUCAGGUUUGGGCUGUCUACUGUGGAAGAGAUAAAAUGCCUCGGCAGUAUGUGGUUAUACACAACGUGUUCUCAAGAACCCAAGUACUUGUUAAAUUUUUGGAACCUGAACCUGAACCUGAACCUGACUUGGAUAAUAAUUGGUGGCAGAAGAGUUUACCUAUCGCAUGUGGAGCAUUUAGCGUUGGAGACGUAAUCAUGGGUAUGAAAAUUUCGCAGUUAUCACAUGUAGUCAAGGUUGGGAAAACUAUGCCUGGCUACGUGAUUUAUCCUGCGAAAGGCGAGAUUUGGGCUAUGUACCAAAGGUGGAACUGUGAGUGGAAGCUUUCUGAUCUAGAAAGUUGUGAGUAUUGGAUUGUUGAAGUUCUAUCAGACUUCUCAGAAAGAGAGAAGAUUGUGGUAGCUAGGCUGGGUGAAGUGAAGGGCUGCUUCACUUUUUUUCAGCGGCUGCAGCUGGACGGCUUUGAAAUGAUUUGUGAAAUUUCGAGAGGUGAGGUCCAUAGUUUUUCCCACAGGAUUCCUUUUUGUAAAGUCCCUGGUGUUGGAGAUUAUGGCAUUUCAGAGAGUUCUUUACAUUUAGAACCCAACUGUUUGCCUCCAAAACGGAGAAAGCUGGCAUGAAAAUUAAUUUGCUGGAUGGAGAGGUGAAGUGUGAAAGGGCCAGGUUGAAUAGUUUGAAGGCUUCUGAAAACGAAGUUGAUUGCCAUUUUGCAGUGAAAACUUGGUGUUAAGAUUCAGAACUCAACUACCGCAUAAUCUUUGCAUUCGUUGUUCCUGAUGGAGAAAACGCUUUCCUUUUUUUUCUUUCAAGCUUUGUGUGCCAAACUGCUAUUGAAAUCUUGAUUUGUGUUUUUUAUCCAAGGUUUCAGGUGACGGCAUAAUCUUGUUUCAAUACUGUUCUAGAAUGCAGA